AUGAAUUCCAGAAAAGUAGAACAAGAUGCAAUCGAUAAGAUUAUUGGCGAACAGUCGGCUGAUGGCAAUAAUUUAAUUGAGGCGGUUUCCAGACGCAAGUUAGAAGUAGAAAGUGCAAAUCAAGACAUCAGCAUCAACAAAUUUUUAGAUUUCGUGAAAGUUUCUUGCCACGUUAACGACAUUAUAUCAGUGAAAAGUAAUCAGCAAACGCUUGUACGAAGAAAUACAUCAGAAGAUUUUCAUUCGUAUGCUGCAAAUGAAGAUUUAAAUUUAGAGAAAAUGGUGGAUAAUCAACUAUUUCAAGAUAUUUUAGGUAGGCGUUUUAAAAAUAACAUGUUUCAGACAAAGGUCUUAGAAAAUGGCGGUGCUUCCAUCAGCGAUAUAAACAACGAACAUAAUCUUUCUCAAAGGCGAAGCACUGUAGGAAUGGCUAUUAGUUCUUUUACUCAGCAAACGCUCAAGAAAAUGGAUUGCGGAAUAAUUCAAAGCGAAAAUAUGCAAGUGAAGCUAUACAACAAAUUGGAUUACGUUAUUAAUGAAGGCAUGAUUGACUCAGUGCUAUCCUUUAUAUGUCCGAUACCAGUCCCGGCAUCUUUUCACCAUCAUACAAAAUCUAAACAAAAAAUUAAGGAACCACUUAUUCCUAAAGUUAUACCUAUGGAUGCGAAUAAUUCAGACCAGCCGAAUAAAAGUCACCCAGCAACUCAUAAAACUGAGUGCAGAAUUGCAGCAAAUGAACCCAGUUGCCAGACAGUUCUUCUCGAUGCUAAGCCUAUGAAGAAGUUGGUGACGACAAAAAGAGACAAAAAGGAAUCAGAAGUCGUUAUUCACGUAUGCGAUGAGGUUAAAAAUAUCACCAGGGACUUUAUUUGCUCGCAGAGAUUACUAGUAAAUAAAAUGGGAUACUUUGCCGAGGUUACAGCCGGACAAAAACUUGAUGAAGUGGAUAUUUCGGUGCAUUGUGACAUACAGAUAUUUGACUGGCUCAUAAAGUGGAUGAAAUUAACAGAUUCUGCAGAAAUAACUGGUUGUAGAAAAACUGUUUUUGAAGGCUCAGAAAAUUUACCACACCUAGAUGCAAAUAACGUGAUUCCGAUAUUAGUAUCUGCGGGAUUUUUACAAGUGAGUGGGUGUAUAAACUUUAAGCUGGGCGUUAGUGAACAUAAUUAUGAGAAACUGCUGAAGCCCGAGAUUUGGCCGGAUAAUGCAUCUAUUCGUCCGUUUCGUUUUUUCCGCAAGGAUGAAAAUCAACCGCCACAGAAUUAG